CAAACGGCGUUAAAGUAAAUUCAUCCUCUUAAAAUUGAUCUAGGAACCGAAAAACAGUAUUGAUCAAUAAAUACAUCGGAAACAACUAGCAGAAAGCUUCUGCUUCCUUACUAAUCAAGGGCAAUUUAACGGUGCAAGUCCCUGGUGUGAAGCUGGGCUUAUCGUGACCAACUGGGCAAGAUGUCCGUUUGAGAAAGAAUGGCUUAUCAGGCAGCACUGGAGUGAUCUUUAUAGUCUGUGAUAGUGUCUUUGUAAUGAGGUACAACUCUGUAAACUCUCUGUGAAGAAAGCAAAUUACCUCCCUUGGAUAAAGGAAAAAUAAUUUUAUAAAAGAGGAUUGUAAAAAAACUGCUGGUCGGGAUUUUUCAAGAAAAAUGGCAAGUUUCUUUAGAAGAAAGCGUAGCCUUAUAUGUAAAUUAGUAAUAGGAUUACCUGCAUUGUGGCUGGUUAUAGUGAUAUUUUUAAGUUUUCAAAAUACGGAUAAUGAUCCUCCGUUUCGCGAAAACCAGCAUCACGAGCAUAAUAUCGCGAAAAAAGACGUGCAGAAUUCCGGCGGUGGCGGAGUUUUUGAAGGAUUCCAAAAUCCAAUCAAUAAAUUUAAUCGGAUGGUUGAACCAUUUAAUCCUUUUGUAACUCAUAAAGAUAAACCAAAGAAUGAAAUACAAAACAUGGAUCAAGAAGGUUUACAUCCGCCUGCAGAUAUUGGAAAUCCUGACGAUUUAAUCGUACAUCAGGCGUAUGAUGCUUCCGAAAAAUACAGAGAUGUGGCACCCAACGCACCAGGUGAAAAUGGUGAGGGUGUAAACAUAGACAAAGAGAAAUUGUCCCCGGAAGAACGAAAGAAAUAUGACGAUGGCUGGCAAAAUAAUGCUUUCAACCAGUACGUCAGCGACCAGAUCUCGUUGCAUCGAAGUCUAAAAGAUGUUCGAGACGAAGAGUGCAAAACUUUGAAAUACAGAAGAAAACUCCCAGACACAAGUGUUGUUGUCUGUUUCCACAACGAGGCAUGGACGGUGUUGUUACGUACAUUUCACAGUGUCCUCGACAAAACUCCCCCAGAGCUGCUAAGGGAGAUCAUCCUUGUUGACGACUUUUCUGAUAAAGACUUCCUGAAGACACAGUUGGAAGACUACAUCAAGGACUACCCCAAAGUCAAGAUCGUGCGUACAAAACAGCGCGAGGGGUUGAUACGAGCGAGACUGCUGGGUUUCUCUGCGGCCAAGGGAGACGUUGUGACCUUCCUCGAUUCCCACUGCGAAUGUGCAGCAGGAUGGAUUGAACCAUUGCUCGACAGAAUUGCAGAGAAUAAAAGCAACGUUGUGUGUCCUGUGAUAGAUGUCAUCGAAGACGACUCAUUCAAGUUCCAGUACGGGAAUGCCCGCUCUACAAGUAUUGGUGGAUUUGAUUGGAACCUGCAGUUUAACUGGCAUGCCAUCCCAGAGUACGAACGGAAACGACGCAAUAACAAGGAUUAUUUACCUGUUAGGAGCCCUACUAUGGCAGGUGGCCUGUUCUCAAUAUCGAGGGAGUAUUUUGAGAAGCUAGGUGCUUAUGACCCAGGAAUGGACAUCUGGGGCGGGGAAAACCUUGAACUGUCUUUCAGGGUUUGGAUGUGUGGUGGAACAUUAGAGAUCGUUCCUUGUUCUCACGUCGGCCAUAUUUUCCGCAAGCGAUCCCCGUAUAAAUGGCGAGGAGGCGUCAAUGUGGUGAAGAAAAACUCCAUACGACUUGCCGAAGUGUGGAUGGAUGAAUUUAAACAGUAUUACUACGAACGCUUUAAUAAUGAUUUGGGUGACUAUGGCGACGUCUCAGAGAGAAAGGCUUUAAGAGAACGGCUCCAGUGCAAGAGUUUCAGUUGGUUUGUCCACAACGUCUACCCCGACUUAUUCGUGCCUGGAGAGUCCAUUGCUUCUGGAGAGAUAAGGAGCCGAGCCAAACCAAUGUGCGUGGACAGUGCUGUUGAUUCACAAAACUACCACAAACCCGUGAACAUGUGGCCCUGCCAUAACCAAGGGGGGAACCAGUACUGGAUGUUGAGUAAAAAUGGAGAAAUUCGCCGAGAUGAUGGAUGCCUUGACUUCUCCGGAGGGGAGAGCGUGAUUAUCUACCCGUGUCACGGACAGAAGGGCAACCAGGAAUGGAACUAUAGAGAGGACAAUACAGUUAUACAUGUCAACACCAACAAAUGUAUGACGGUGUCACUAGAUGGCCAAAAACUGCAGAUGGAGAAAUGUACGGGAAUCGACCGACAGCUUUGGACAUGGAAGCGCAAGUCGGCUGAUAGCCAAAAUAUUGUAUGAUAAAAACUAACCCAAGUUAUUAUGCUUAUUAAAUACAUAAUAGUUUGCUGAAAUUGUGUGGGUUAUUUUCUUUCACUUUUCAUACCACCGUUUUUUAAUGUUGAAGUACUUUUAGUUUAUUUUUGAUGAAUUUCUUUAUCAGACAGAAUGUAUUCUUUAUGGAUUGAGAAUAAUUAUCUUCAUUUUUUUAAAAAAAAUCAAAAUUGUGUACCAAUUCUAGAAAUGUACCGAUAACCGGUAAAAAUUUGUUUUCUUACCAUUUUAAUCAAUUUGAUGAUUGUAAAAUAAAUAUUUAAAAUGUGUUCAGAUUUUAUGGAAAAUUACAUUUUAUGAUCCAUAAAUGUCAAGACUGUUACCCAUCUAUCAUUGUAAAUAUACAUUUUUACAUACCCAUGACUAUACAUUGUAGCAAAAAUCUGUGAUUUUGCUCCUAUAUUUGUUUCACGUGUGAUUGAUAUUCGAACCCGGGCCCACAUGUGUGUGGUGGUGUUUUUUAAAUUCAAUUUUGAAAGUGUGAUGUUGAAAAAAAUGGUGUUUUUGUGAUACUUCAUAUUUAUUGCGUAAUUUUAUGAUGCAGACUUACAAUUUUUGAUGUAAAUGAAUUUGUCAUCGGUAUUUUAGGGUGUCUAUUUAAGUUGUUUUAUUUUGAAAUUCUUUCUUGAAAUUUAUGAAAAAUAAUAUUUGUACAGAUAGAAACAUGCUUUUAAUGAAGUAUAAAAUAUUUCCACUGCGACCAUAAGUGAUUAUUAUGCCCCCUUUUGAAAAAAGUGGGGUAUAUUGUUUUGCACAUGUCGGUCGGUCGGUCGGUCGGUCGGUCGGUCGGUCGGUCGGUCGGUCUGUCUGUCGGUCGGUCGGAAUACCAAAUGGUUUCCGAUCAAUAACUUGAGAACGCUUUGACCGAGGGACCUCAUACUUGGUAUGUGUAUUGGUCAUCACCAGCAGAUGAACCCUAUUGAUUUUAAGGUCAGUGGGUCAAAGGUCAAGGUCAGUGUGACCUUUACAUGAAAAACGGUUUCCGAUCAAUAACUUGAGAACGCUUUGACCCAGGGACCUCAUACUUGGUAGGUGUAUUGGUCAUGACCAGCAGAUGAACCCUAUUGAUUUUGAGGUCAGUGGGUCAAAGGUCAAGGUCAGUGUGACCUUAACAUGAAAAACGGUUUCCGAUCAAUAACUUGAGAACGCUUUGACCCAGGGACCUCAUACUAGGUAGGCUUAUUGGUCAUCACCAG